CUCGCCUGCCCCGCACCCGCGACCACUCAAAUACGCCUCCAGCCGCGCUCACUUCUCCUCCGCACUCUCAUACCUAGUACUUUCUGACGACCUUCACGAACAAUCACAACAUGUCUGGACUUCCUCCGACUCUCAACGCCGAAACCGGCACCCCCGCCCACGAGUGGGCACAGUCCACCACCACCGCUGCCUUCGCCCGCGACGACCCCGCCCCCGCCGCGAACUCGUUCACCCCACCCGGCGUAGUGGGGACGACGAGCUCGGUCACUACUCCCGGGCUCGAAAUCCCUGGAGCCUACCCCAGCGACACUCGCGGUGCCAUCAAUACUCAGGGCAUCACUGAGGCCGCGAAGAACGCCGUGAACACCGUCACCACCACCGCGCAGCAGUAUCUGCCUGUAGCGCAGGAGACUGCGGCUCAGGCGGCUCAGCGCGCUGCCGCCGCUGCGUCUCAGGCGACGCAGACAGCGUCAUCCUACUUGUCAAACGCGGCCGUCGUUGGCGGCUCGACUGUGCGCGCAUCCGCUGCAGACCAACCCCACGAGGCCUCGUUACCGAGCACCGAGACUACCGGUGCACUCCCGCAGGAGCACGUCGGAGGCGCUGGUGCCCUCCCAGGUAGCGUCCGGGAAACAGCCGUAACGAAGCUUCCCGACGAGCGCAGCAUCAAGGGCGAUUCCGCGAUCUACCCAACGAACACCUACCCCUCCACCGCACCCCCCGACGUCCUCUCCCCCGCCUCCCAACAAAGCUCCGCCAUCUCGCCUCUCGCAGGGUCCACAGUCCCCGCGACGACGGCCUUCACCGCGCUCGCGCCCUCCGGCACACCGCACUCGCACCCGCAAGACACCUCCGUGACCCUCCGCGACUCGCUCCCCUCGCAGGAGGCCACGGGCCAGGCGCCGUACACGCACCAGGACGGCGCGGGCGCGCUGCCGGGGCUCCAGCGCGAACCGGACGUCGCGGUGCUCCCCGCGGAGAGCGGCGGGCCCGCGGGCUCGACCGCCGCGACGUCGGCCGCGACGGGCGCCGUCCCGCGCGACUACAGCGCGCACCCGAGCGUGCCGCGCCCCGGCGAGGAGGCGGGCAACGAGAGCCGCGGGCUGGGCGGGCGGCGCGCGGGGCGGGACGCUGCGGGCGGCGUGGGCGCGCUUGUGGGCGCGGGCGGCGAGGAGGGCGUUGCGGUCCUUCCUGACGAGCGCGGUGCAACGGGAUCGACGACGGCGGAGGGCGGGAAGGGCGAUAAGCUGGCGGAGAUGGACCAGGCGGAGCGCGAGGCGAGGGAACGCUCGAGGGGCACGCAGAAGCCGGAGCAGCGCGAGGCGGCGCAGAAGAAGGUGAGUGGUGGGUCUGCUUGCGCGUACGGUGCGGACGUGGACGCGCCCUCGAAGGAUCAGCGAGGGGAUCCGGAUCCGGAGGAGCAGGAGCAGGAGGGGGGCAAGGAGACACAGAUGAACCUCCGCGAGGUCAACUUGAAGCCCCGCGUGCACCCGCUGGGCGCGCCGGACGCGCAGUGGCGGGGCGUCGGUGUCGGCGUGGACUCGGGCUACACGGAUGGGGAGGGCGUCGACAUCGGGCGGAGGCCCGGCAUCGUCGAGACGCCCGAGCAGGAGCAGGGCGAGGGCUACGAUACGGACUACCACCCCGCGGCGCUCCACCCGGCCCCCGCGGACGCGUCGGCGGCCCAAAACAACACCGAGGCGACGAAGGGCGACGCGACGAAGGGCGACGCGACGAAGGAGGGGAACGCCGAGGGCGGGGAAGGCGUGGGCGCGCGCGCGGAGGGCGGGGAGAAGGUGAAGAAGGCGAGCUUUAUGGAGAAGAUGAAGGGCGAGGCGAAGGUCGUGAUGGGCAAGCUGGAGGGGAAGAAGGGCGUCGAGAAGGUGCAGGAGGGGAAGAAGAUGAAGGCGGGGGAGGUCUGA